AUUAUUGAGAUGGCCUGUCUGAUAACGGACUCAGAUCUCAACAUUUUGGCUGAAGGUCUUAACUUGAUUAUAAAACAACCAGACGAGUUGCUGGACAGCAUGUCAGAUUGGUGUAAGGAACAUCAUGGGAAGUCUGGUCUUACCAAGGCAGUGAGGGAGAGUACAAUUACAUUGCAGCAGGCAGAGUAUGAAUUUGUUCUGUUCUUUGUACGACAGCAGACUCCUCCGGGGCUCUGUCCACUUGCAGGAAAUUCAGUUCAUGCAGAUAAGAAGUUUCUUGACAAAUACAUGCCCCAGUUCAUGAAACAUCUUCAUUAUAGAAUAAUUGAUGUGAGCACUGUUAAAGAACUGUGCGGACGCUGGUAUCCAGAAGAAUAUGAAUUUGCACCAAAGAAGGCUGCUUCUCACAGGGCACUUGAUGACAUUAGUGAAAGCAUCAAAGAACUUCAGUUUUACCGAGAUAAAAUCUUCAAGAAAAAAACAGAUGAGAAGAAGAGGAAAAUUAUAGAAAAUGGGGAAAAUGAGAAGACCGUGAGUUGAUGCCAGCUCCCAUGCUCCACUCCGUAGCUCUCUGGAGGCAACAGCCUCUGGUGGUUUUGGUUUUGUUUCUCACUGAUUGCUUGGCACGGUACCUUCUUUCAUUUAACUUGCAUCUCCAGAUGACUUGGGCAGACAGUGUCUGAAAUACUAUUUUUCUCCUAUUAUGCUGUUUCCAUUAUGACACAGCAGCUCCUCUGUGAGUACCAGGUCAUGUCCAUCCCUUGGUACAUAUCUGCAUUUGCUUUUAGAUCAUUUCUUUUGUUUAAUUAAUAAAUACAUAAAUAAAGCUAGUUCUAUUGAAAUGCAAAAAAAAA